AUGGCCCUUCUCUCCGCUUUUUUCGUCGCUUGGAAUGAGACUAUCUGCCUUCGGGCCGCCGAAGAGAUCUCAAAGUUUGUGCGGGGGGAGAGGGGAGGAGGACUGGCACUCGUUGUAGACGGGAUCCGGCAUGACAUCGGUCUCACCGAUCUGAGAUGAGACCGCAUCCUGAGCCUCCAUCCACCACGUGAACUGGUCAGUCGGGUGGCCAAGACUUUUUUCGGUUCCUUUGCUACUUAGUCAUUUUCGGACACUAUAAGCCCCCUUCUCCCGGCUGCACCCAGCUACUCAGUAAUCUCCGCUGAGCACUGCUUCUGCGCUCUAACUUCCUUUUUUUAUUGUUUGGACUUACUUUUUGGCUGAGGAUCAGUUCUCUUCGUUGGUAUUGCCAAAAAUAUUGUUGUUUUAUUGCAAGACUACCAUUCGUAAUGUUCAUGGAUGCCACUUAUUUAUUUUCUGAGAUUAUCCCAAUUUCGAGGGCAAUUAGCGUUUUGAUCAUUUGAAGACCAAUUGAUCUGGCCUGUAAUUUGUAUUUUCCUGACAAAUGUCUAUCGGAUAUCCCCAUUCCUUUCAUUUCUUUAGCCAAUGAGAAGAAAUUACGCCAGGAUUCUUAGCAAUGGUACAUGAAUUAUAAUAUUGCUUUUGUAAUAUUAAUGUGUAUACAUCGUUUCGCGUUGCCACCUUUAUUACGCGCCGUUAAAACUACAAAACGUUUCCCCUUCACCGAGACUUCGUGUUUUUAUAGUAUUCAUUUGAGUGAUCAAAAUGAUGGAAAGUUGAUUUAUAGCGAAGAGGCCGCCUUUUGUUGUUGACCAACAAUAUCAGCACGUAAAUCAAGAGCGCUGGGUGAUUAAUCGGCCUGUUUUUAUGAGACUGCUGACUUCGAAAGAGUCUCCCGGCUUUCUGAAUCCGACGACGACGUCUACAGCAACGUUGGCGCGGUCGUUUGUGGGGCGCCGGGCUCAGGACGUGUGAAGCGGCCGGCUGCCGCACGGCUGACGCGGCGGCCGAGCCCGUCUGUCCAGGAGCGGGACUAGCGAGACGUCGGACCAGGCCCGGCUCCACUUAUGCGGCCACCAUGCGGACGCCGAGCCGCGUCCUCCAGGGUUUGGUGGGUCUGAAGCUAUGGCCGUUGUUUAUGGUCUGCCUCUGCUCCUUCGUCCAGGCACAGUCCAGCAAGGACUCCAGUCGUCUUUACGAGACUCUGCUCUCCGAUUACAACAAACUCGUUCGGCCCGUCUACAACAACACCGACACUCUGGUCGUGUAUUUCAAACUGAAAUUGUCUCAGCUCCUGGAUGUGGUAAGUGGAGGAAAGGGGUGGCAAAUAUGCGGGUGGAAACGCUUAAAUAUCCUGUUUUCAGCAUGAAAAGAAUCAAAUCAUGACUACAAAUGUGUGGCUUCAUCAUGUAAGUAACGUCACGGAAUGGCGAACAAUCAAUUUUAUUUCCGAAAUAUGGCUACAGGGUCAAAGAUGGGUGUCUGGAGGACAGAAUGUUGUUGUGACAUUGCUUUGGGCUGAUUUCAUUACUUUAAGGGCUCUUCAAAUGAUUGUUUUGGCUUUUUUAGACAUGGCGAGAUCAAAAAUUGACCUGGGAUCCAGAGGAAUACGGAGGAGUGAAGCAACUUUAUGUCCCCGUCGAUUUGAUUUGGCUACCCGAUAUUGUAUUAUAUAACAAGUAGGUUUGAAUUGCGUCAUCUAUUUUCAUAAGAUUACGCAAAAUAUGAGAGAAUUUGAUGACAAAAAAUAAAUAUUUUUUACAGCGCUGAUGGUAAUUAUCAAGUAUCAAUCAUGCACAAGGCCAAGCUCAAUUUUGACGGAACAGUAGAAUGGUCUCCUCCGGCCAUUUACAAGAGGUGAAUAAAUAUUAUUUUAUGUCAUCGUUUUUACGUAAUCAUGACGCAAACGAUUCGUAAUGUUUUUACAGUAUGUGUCAGAUAGAUGUAGAAUGGUUUCCGUUGGAUGUUCAGACUUGCGAAAUGAAGUUUGGAUCCUGGACUUACGGUGGAUUCGAGGUUGAUCUAAAGCAUCGAGAUGAGCAUCUGCAAAGAGAAGAUCAGAUUGUAGUCCAAGGAAUCGAUGGAGAAUACAACGAGACAGUCUGGGUAGUUGAUCAAGGUGAGUAAAGUCUCGACACAAAAAUCUCACUGCGCAUUAUUCUAAAGAUAAUUAUAUUUCACAUGAUCUUUCAGGUAUUGAUCUAAGUGAUUAUUAUCCAAGUGUCGAAUGGGACAUACUGAGUGUUCCGGCCAAGAGACACGAGAAGCGCUAUCCCUGUUGUGAAUCUCCAUUCAUCGACCUCACCUACGAGAUCCAUCUCCGUCGGAAAACACUUUUCUAUACCGUCAAUCUGAUGAUUCCUUGUGUCGGAAUCAGUGCACUGACGGCGUUGGUCUUUUAUCUGCCGUCGGAUGGAGGAGAGAAGAUCUCACUUUGUAUCAGUGUUCUCAUCUCGUUGACCGUCUUCUUCUUGUUGUUAGGUGCGUCGCUUAUUUUGAUUAUAUCAUCACUCAUUUUAGUCGAAAUAAUUCCAUCGACGAGUCUUGUGAUUCCACUUAUUGGUAAAUAUUUAUUAUUUACAAUGGUUCUAGUUACGUUGAGUGUAAUUGUGACUGUGAUAACAUUGGUAAGUGUGUCAAUGUAUGGGGAGUUUUGUUCAGAAUGUUCACUAUCGCCAGCCGUCCACCCACAAGAUGAGCAGGUUCAUGAGGUGGUUCUUCAUCGACCUGCUACCCUAUUAUCUCUUUAUGCGCCGUCCUUCUCAGAUCUACGAGAACACCACUCCGCCUCAGGAGUUUUCACCAUUAGCGGUAUGUUAUUCUCACAGAGAAUCGCGUAUUACAUUCACUUGACAUUUUAACAUUGUGAAUGAUAAUAUUUGUUCUUUCUAGAUGCAACUUGUUCCUUCCGGGGUUAAUUCCUCGAGGAAAUCGACCAGACCGAGCCUUUACUCCAGACCGUCGAUUCUCCUCGAGAACAGUGAUCAUCUUCAAGUUCAUCGACCUUCUGAUACCUACCCAGCUCUUAUUAAUCGUGUUGGGAGUGUUCAGGAACAGAAGACUCCAAUGAUAUCUGCCGUUGAAUCUGUCAGUUUUAUCGCUGAUCACUUCAGAAAGGAAGAGGAAGAUCAGCAGGUAUGCCGUAAAUAAAUUUUUGUUACACUUGGUCUAAUGAAAUUUAAUGUCAUCAAAUAUAAUUCGUGGUUUAUUGCAGGUCAUAGAAGACUGGAAAUACGUGUCGGUGGUGAUGGACCGGAUCUUCCUGAUUCUUUUUACCCUUGGCUGUUUGGCAGGCACGGUGCAUAUCAUCUUCAGGGCGCCCACCAUUUGGUCGGAUCAGCAAGCGAUCGCCUGA